AUGGAAGCUCAAAAGCAUAGCAUCGUAAGUGAACUGAAGGCUCGUAUGACACAGAGAAUCAGUGAGUUUGAAGCGGAACUAAAUAACAUAAAAAUAUCAGUGAAACACGUUGAGGACAGAGUACAGAGAGCCGAAGAGAAAUGUGCAAAAGUGCAGCAAUUACGCCAUCAAGUUGAACAGCUAAGCGAGCAGAUAAAUGAUUGCCAAAAUGCACUAGUGUCGACAGAUCUGGUUAUCAGAGGCAUUCCUGUGACAGCUGAUGAAAAUCAAGCCGACACGUUUAACCAACAUUGCCGCACAAUUCAGCAUAAUGCUCUACCCAUUAGGUCUAUUUUCCGUGUGCACAAUAAAAACAACACUGCGCCUGUCAUAGUGAAAUUAGGCUCAGCAAACGAUCGCUCUUUGCUUUUCGCUGCUGUUUCGCGUCGCUGCAAAUCAAAGAGAAGGCCCCUUUCUCUUCGCGAUAUUGGGCAUAGUGCAGAUGAGAAAAUUUACCUGCAUGAAUGUCUUACCAAGCAUAAUCGCGAAGUCAUGCAGUUUGGCAUUGAGCUUAAAAAGCAAAAACGGCUUUCAUCUGUUUUCUCUAUUCGUGGCCACGUAUAUGUUCGAGUUCGAGCGCAGAGCAAUGCAGUGAGAGUCUCCAGCAUCGAGAAUUUAAGUUCAAUUGCAGCAAACAACAAAUAAAAUUUUUGAACUACAUACAUACAUAUGUUUUUACACACAUUGCCACUAUCUAAUUAUUGUUAUUUUCUGUACCUUAUAAUCUAUUCUCUCCACCCUAUUUCUCUUAAAACAUGUGACAUUAUAAUGCUACUUAUU